AUGGACAUGGGCACUGCUGCAGGACUGCGGUCUGCUGGGAGGACGUGGGCUCUGGGCUCUCGUGGCAUCUGCUACCUGGGCAUCGCUGUCAUCGCAUGGGGCGCGGUGAUGCGGAUGGAGGUGGGUGCCUGGACGUACCACUACAGUGACCGAGGGGACUACACAUGGGAGCAGGCCAGGAACUACUGCCAGACCUUCUUCACUGACCUGGUGGCGAUCCAGAACAAGCAGGAGAUCGAGUACCUCAAUGAGAGCCUGCCCUUCCAUGGGCGCUACUACUGGAUUGGCAUCCGCAAGCUGGGUGGCACAUGGACCUGGGUGGGCACUAGGAAGGCGCUGACGAAGGAGGCGGAGAACUGGGCAGCCGGGGAGCCCAACAACCGCCGCUCCAACCAGGACUGCGUGGAGAUCUACAUCAAGCGGCCGCAGGAGUCGGGCAAGUGGAAUGAUGAGUCCUGCAGCCGGAGGAAAAAGGCACUGUGCUACCAGGCCUCCUGCCAGCCCUUCCCGUGCAGCCAGCGCGGCGAGUGCGUGGAGACCAUUGGGAGCUACCGCUGCGAGUGCUACCCUGGCUUCUACGGCCCUGAGUGCGAGGACGUUGUGCAGUGCGCCAAGCUUGAGCCCAACGGAGUACACAUGAAUUGCAGCCAUCCCUUCGGAGACUUCAGCUACAACUCCACCUGCACAUUCGAGUGCCAGGUGGGGUUCGAGCGGCGAGGAGCAGGCAUGCUGAGGUGCCUGCCUUCCCAGCAGUGGUCAGCAGAGACCCCCACCUGCACAGCUAUCACCUGCCCAGUGCUCAGCGCUCCGGACCGGGGAGAGCUGAACUGCUCCCACCUCCAUGGGGACUUUGCCUUUGGCUCCAUGUGUGCCUUCUCCUGCCAGACAGGGUUCGCACUGAUGGGGUCGGAGAGCCGUGAGUGCACGGCCACGGGGACCUGGACGGGGGAUGCCCCGCACUGUGAAGCCAUCGCCUGCCCGGUGCUCAGUGCGCCAGACCCAGGAGAGCUGAACUGCCCCCACCUCCAUGGGGACUUUGCCUUCGGCUCCACGUGUGCCUUCUCCUGCCAGACAGGGUUUGCACUGAUGGGGUCAGAGAGACGCGAACGCGAGUGCAUGGCCACAGGGACCUGGACUGGGGACUCCCCACGCUGUGAAGCCAUCGCCUGCCCGGUGCUCAGUGCGCCAGACCAAGGACAGCUGAACUGCUCCCACCUCCACAGGGACUUUGCCUUUGGCUCCACGUGUGCCUUCUCCUGCCAGACGGGGUUUGUGCUGAUGGGGUCAGAGAGCCGCGAGUGCACGGCCACGGGGACCUGGACGGGGGAUGCCCCGCACUGUGAAGCCAUCAAAUGCUCAGCACUGGCCACCCCCAGGAUGGGCCAGGCUGCCUGCUCCCACCUCCAUGGGGACUUUGCCUUUGGCUCUACGUGUGCCUUUUCCUGCCAGACGGGGUUUGUGCUGAUGGGGCCGGAAAGCCGCAAGUGCAUGGCCACGGGGACCUGGACUGGGGACACCCCGCGAUGCAAAGCCAUCGCCUGCCCGGUGCUCAGUGCGCCAGACCGAGGAGAGCUGAACUGCUCCCACCUCCAUGGGAAUUUUGCCUUUGGCUCCACGUGUGCCUUCUCCUGCCAGAUGGGGUUUGCACUGAUGGGGCCAGAGAGACGCGAGUGCACGGCCACAGGGACCUGGACUGGGGACACUCCACGCUGUGAAGCCAUCGCCUGCCCGGUGCUCAGUGCGCCAGACCAAGGACAGCUGAACUGCUCCCACCUCCACGGGGACUUUGCCUUUGGCUCCACGUGUGCCUUCUCCUGCCAGACGGGGUUUGUGCUGAUGGGGUCAGAGAGCCGCGAGUGCACGGCCACGGGGACCUGGACGGGGGAUGCCCCGCACUGUGAAGCCAUCAAAUGCUCAGCACUGGCCACCCCCAGGAUGGGCCAGGCUGCCUGCUCCCACCUCCAUGGGGACUUUGCCUUUGGCUCUACGUGUGCCUUUUCCUGCCAGACGGGGUUUGUGCUGAUGGGGCCGGAAAGCCGCAAGUGCAUGGCCACGGGGACCUGGACUGGGGACACCCCGCGAUGCAAAGCCAUCAGCUGCUCGGUGCUGGACCCCCCCAGCAGAGGCCAGCUGAACUGCUCUCACAUGCACGGGAACUUCACAUACAACUCCACAUGCACCUUUUCCUGCGAGGACGGGCUUGUUCGGAUGGGAGCAGAGGUGCUCCGAUGUGCGGCCACAGGGAACUGGACCAGGCAUCCCCCUGUGUGUGCAGAGGACGGUGCCCCCUUCUUGAAGCAAGUCCUGGCUUACAGCAGCGGCACGGCUCUGGCGGUAGCCGGCAUCGUGCUCUCAGGGACGCUCAUUGCCCUCCUUGCCAAGCGGCUCAGCGACAGAGAGGAGAAGAAGAAGCUCCUGAACCCCACCAGUGACCUAGGAUCACCCGGCAUCUUCACCAACGCAGCGUACGACGCCAACCUCCUGGCCGUGACCAAAAUCCACCACGUCCCCCAGCGCUGCAGACCCGGCGAGAGCUGCCGCCGGGGCCCAGAGGGACCCCCGCCUCCGGCCGCCGUCCGGGCGGAGACCGCGCCCACGCUGCGUGCACACCCCCACCCCGGGGAGCGGGGCUGCCUUCCUGCACCGCCCACGCAUGAGGACCUCCGACGAGCAGCCUGGGGCCGGCCGUGA